AUGCAAGCUCCUGCCAACUUCAAAAUUGAUGCACAGUACUCUACAUCACUUAGAAAGAGAUUUACAGAGGCUGAAGAUAAUCUCCUUAGAACUCUUCGUGCUAACGACAAAAUGACUUGGGACGAAAUAGCUUCUUACCUCCCAGGUAGGACCGGCCGUCAAUGCAAGGAUAGAUACAAUAACUACUUGAACCAACAGAUUGUUUUAAAGAACUGGACCACGGAAGAAGAUUUCAUUAUCAUUCAAAAAUACCAGCAAUAUGGACCAAGAUGGACGACAAUUGCUAAGUUUUUGAAUAACAGAAGUGGUAAUAAUGUUAAGAAUCGUUGGUAUAAGUCUAUUGCACUUAGAUAUCCAAAUCUUCAAACUGUUGCUACAGCUCCUAGGCAUAACAAGAAACCUGAAUCUCCAGUUGUUGAAAAUCAGAAUUCUGACUCCUCGUCCGAAGUUUUUAAUGAUGAUAUUUUCGAAUAUCAUGAACUUGAUGAUCCAUUCUUACUCAUUUAA